CUAAGCCGGUAGCAACUACCCCAGUACCAACUAUCCAAGUGUCAACUACAACGGCAUCCCGUGCAACAGAGGCGCCACUGACCAGCCCACAACUGUCACUGCAGUUCAGUCUGACAUCGACCUUCAAUAGCUCUCUGAGCAACAGCAGGUCACCAGAGUUCCUGGCUUUGGCAAAUCAUGUGACUACACAGCUGGAUAAUUUGUUCAAGGCUCAAUUUGGAGCCAGAUUCCUUCGAACUGUUGUCAAUAGUUUCAGGUCAGGGUCAAUUGUGGUGGAGUCUACAGUGAUAUUCAACAACAUCAGCUCAGUGCCCAACGAUAGCCUGGUAGCACAAACUUUACAAACUGCCAUUACUUCCAACACGUCUGGCCUGACCUUACCUAUCAAUUCAUCCUCCAUUGUGGUCACACGAGCUACUACAAUGCCUAAUGCAACCACCUCCGCUGCAACAACUGCUGCUCCAACUGCAGCGGUGACCACCACCACUCUGGCAGAUGUCACCACCACCACCGCUGUUCCGGCAGCAACCACCACCACCGCUGUUCCGGUAGCAACCACCACCACCGCUGUUCCGGUAGCAACCACCACCACCGCUGUUCCGGUAGCAACCACCACCACCGCUGUUCCGGCAGCAACCACCACCACUGCUGUUCUGGCAGCAACCACCAUCACCACUGUUCCGGCAGCAGCCACCACCGCUGCAGUCGCACUAACUAACCCUCCAUCUUCUAGUGAAGGAACCCUGAUUCUUCGGUUCAGUCUCGAUGAGAAAUUCACCUCGGAUCUUGCCAACCCGUCUUCUUCAGCAUUCAAGGCUCUGGCUGGCAAAGUGGUCUCAGAGGUGAACAAGAUUUUUGCUAAAACCCCAAACUUCCUUCGUUCCAUUGUCAACUCAUUCAAGAGUGGAUCUGUAGUUACCAACAUGACCCUCAUGUUCAGUAACAAAUCUUCGGUUCCCAGCGCAUGCAGCGCACAGGCAACUUUCACCAACAGUUCCACCUCCCUGAACAUCCUUCCGGGCAGCGUCAAUGUUGAGUCAUCAGUCAAUUCAGGAAGUGCUCCCCGACCCACUGCCUUCUGUCUGGCUUUCUUGCCUCUCACUUUGGCACUGCUAAUGGUACAGUUGCUGGCUAACUAAUAGCCUGUGUCACAGCUCCUAUGGCAUUUUUUUCACCAAUGAAAGGUUUUCCAGCUCUCAUAGAGACAGCCUUAUGAUUAAGGACCUGAUUUGGCAGAAGAAUGCACAAUGGAUUGUUCCUGUGUUAAUUGGCAAAAUAUAUAUGUAUUUCAUGUACAUUCCCCCAAGUACAUACACAAACAAAACACACCUAAUUGUACAUUUUGAUGUCAAGUAUGAUAUUUGUGACAUUCCUUAAGAAAUCAUAUAGUUUUUUUCUGCUUAUGAAUAUUAAAUGCAUAUACCUUUUCUUUCAAGUGACUGUAUUUAUACUUAACCGUAUAGACAUUACUUAUUUAUUUGCAUCUUGCACACAGCAGCUUGCACAUGUUUUAUCUGUUAGAUUAAUACGGAUAAUAACUGAAGGAUUAGAAAACCGUUCCUGCAACAUGUGACAUCCAAAUCCUAUUGUGUACCUUUUUUAAAAUUGUGUUAUUUGAUCAUAGUUGCAUUUUUAAUUAUUAACUUUUUGUAACUACUUUAUAUCUGUUUUUAAAUUCACCAAGACCAAAUACCUUUAUGAUAAUUAUAUUUUGGGUCAUGUAAUUGGGUUGAAAAAAGCUUAUUCUUCUCAAAUGUUGUGCACAAACUUGUUUUCAUCUCUGUUAGUGAGAAUGUAUCCUUUGCCAAGAUAAUCCACCCCCCAUAAUAGUUGUGGCAUAUGAACACUUCACAUGUUGCAUUUAUACGUUCGUUCAGUAUUCCUGUCCAUCUAUCUAUUUAUAUUUCUAUCUGUCAUUAAAUACACUUUUUGAAUGAAACAUUACACGCAUUAGAAAAUGGUGAUUCUCACUCAACAUUGAAAAAUACCAGUUCAGAUUCUGAGCGAUACCAUCAAUACGAAUAAUACCUCAAGUUCGUUUAAAAAAUGUGUGAGGUGUUUUUGCAAUAUGGUCGUUCAAAUUAUACAAUACCUAAUGCAUCAUAUGGAGUACAAAACUAUAUGGGGAUAUCAACGACAGCAGGGGAAAGUGUGUAGAUAGAUCCAUAUAUCCAAGAUGGGAAAAUGCAAAGGAAGAAAUGAGAAGCACAUAGCAUCAUACACCACUCACACACUGCAUGAGCACUAUAUAGCUUCUGAACACUAAAGAUAAAGAUCUCUCUUAUUCAAAACCAAAAACGCAAUACAUAUAUUUUGCAAACCUCCAUCAAUCUCCUUAAUUAAUGCCAUGACUGUCCUUUGGUAAUAUAAUUCACUCCACAAAAGAAGUUUCUUCAAUUGAAAAUAAAGUUUAGUUUAGAAAUCUC